CUGUUAGUAGAAGCGCCUAUGACGAGCUGCAGCGUCACGUGGUAUAAUACAUCCAUCUGGCUGAUAGGAGGUACACGUACCUGAAGUGCAAGUUCCUUCAUUUGUGCCUGCCGACUCGGGUGGUUGCUGAGAAUGCGGUACCUUAAUGCAGCUGGGGUAGCUGUGCUCUCUGUGUGUCUUCUCCUGUUUCUUGUCCCUGCGUCUGCCGACACAGGACUUGGUCGAGGAUUUGGGGAUCAUAUCCAUUGGAGAACUCUGGAAGAUGGGAAGAAGGAAGCAGCUGCUGGUGGCUUACCUCUUAUGCUAGUGAUCCACAAGACAUGGUGUGGAGCCUGCAAAGCAUUAAAGCCGAAAUUUGCAGAGAGCAAGGAGAUUUCAGAACUGUCACAUAAUUUUGUGAUGGUUAACCUGGAGGAUGACGAGGAGCCAAAAGAGGAAGCUUUUAGUCCAGAUGGUGGAUACAUCCCUAGAAUACUAUUCCUUGAUCCCACUGGUAAAGUCCACCCUGAGAUUAUAAACUCUAAAGGAAACCCAAGUUAUAAGUAUUUCUACAACAGUGCAGAGCAAGUGACUGAGUCAAUGAAGGAAGCCCAAGAGAAGCUCACAGGAGACUCCUUUAUGAAACCUACAGAUGAGCUUUAACUCUGGUAUCUCACCUAAUAAUUAUCGUGAGUCACUCUGUGACCCAACCACAGUUGUGUACCUGACUGGGAAUAUGAUACCAGCACAAAUUCACAUUUUUGCAUACUGUAAUGGACCUGCACUGCAAUGCACAGGAGCCAUAAAAGACUGAUAUACUUCAACCUCACCAGAUUCUCUGUAAAACUGAACAUUCUCUGGAAGAUCUUGGCAAUAUAGCAUCAAAGCCCUCUUUUAAUCUUGUUUGCCAAGAGCUCUUAUAAAACUUUGUUUUGCUAAAAAAGGGAAAUACGUUUUAUUCAAAAUAUAUGUUUGCAUUACUUUCUUUGUAUAAAAAAGAUGGACAACUUAAUUGUACAGAUAUAAGGCAAGAUAUCGCCUUGGCAUCUUACAGCAGAAAGUGCCUUGACCCAUAAACCCAGGGUGCAAAAUGUGCAUGCUGCACUGUAAAGAGGCAAGAACUAUUCUGCGAUAUGCAUCUUUUGCACCCUUUUUGUGGAUAUAACACUGGCUGUGAUAUAACACAUUUAGUUCUCUGGCCUUCUAUUCUAACUUAACGUAUAAGUGUCAAUGUACUAUAAUUCACAAUUUUAUCUGUGUUUUCGAAACCUUGCAUUUAUUUUAAUCUGUGUCCACUUACCCACUGUAACUCAUUGUUACAUCUCAGUGUUGGACCCUGAUGUUUUUUUCUGGCCCCAACAUCAAUAUAAAUGGUUUAUUCAGUCUAGGUGAAUGCUGUAAGCACAUUGCAGUUUUGAGACUGUCCAGCCCCAACAAGUAAUGUGUGGUGUGGGUGUUAAGGAGACAGAUUAAAAUACAGGCCACAGGUUUACACUACACUGACCUGAUUUUUUUUUUCCCACCAUGAGCAUUUAGCUAUAUGUAUGGCACAUAUACAGGGGUCUGCUUAUCCUAAGAAAUUUAGAUUCUCUGUCAAUCAAUUACAGUACUAGCUGUUAAGGUUAAUGUGGCAGCAUAUAUUAUCUCUUUACUGUGACAUAUAGAAGUAGCUAAACAACCCAUGACAGAAUUAAGAACCAGAUUAGUAUUUCUGUCUAUAGUGUUAUGUAUGAUUACUGUAUCUCUAAUCUUCCAGUUUUCACUAGUCAUACUGGUACUGCAUGUCUUGACUAAGUGUUACUGGCAUGAAUUUACUUGGUGUAAAUACAGUAUUUUUUUUCAUUUGGCACAUUUGCACAGUACUGUUUUCACAAUAGAUUAAUGAAAUAUGCAGGCACUAAAUGUUGACUCCAGCAGAUUUCCUUGUGGUAGAGUUACAGACCAGUAAAGGAAAGUAUUUUUUGUUUGUUAGCUGCAUAAGGCUAUUGCCACACGGCCAGAUUCUCGACCUGCACAAUCUGACCCUCAGCUUUAAAUAUCUGAAGCACUGCUUCAGUCCAAGUACCAGGUGCACACAGCGUAUUUUAGCCUGGAAACUGCAACUUGCGUAUUCUUCAAGUGUAGGGGCAGAUUUUGGGCCUGCAGAUAAACGCAGGCCAACAAUCUGCCCUGUGUGGCAAUAGAAUAAACGUUCCUUUUUUUUUUUUUUUUUUAAAAGUAGGUAGUGACCUCAAAAGGGCAUUGCUUAAUGUGUGCAAACAUCAUUUCUAUUCUUUGCUAAGGCAUUCUUUGGGGUGAAGACACAUGGGUCGAUUAGUCGCUGCAACUUUUUAUUGCCCAUAGACUAUAAUGGCCAUCGCAGUGACUAAUCGGCCCUUGUGUCUUCGCCCUUAGGCAUCAGCAGCUGUUUUAGGUCAUUAGGUGAUCCUAUUCUUUUGUGGUUGAGGAAAGUAAGUUAACAACUUUCCCUUACAUGUAAAGCCAACGAUGCAAAGAAGAACUAUGAUGCGAGUACUUAUCAUAAUGUCUGUAGAAAAUAUAAAUUUAAAGAUAGCUCUAUUAUCCUUAAACAUUCUAAAGAAAAUAAUAGGUUUAUAGGGAACAUUUUUAUAUCUAUUAUGCACAUAUUUCUAGGAAUAUGUUAGGUUAAAUAAUGUCCAUAUAAAAGAUGGCCAGUUUGAUUAAAGAUAAAUGUAAACAAUUGCCACACAUGGAAUCUAAUGACUUGUAAACACUCAUCUCCCUUACACAUGUUUGAACAGUAUGUGUUGAUUUAAACAUUUUGAUUAUUGCUUGCAUUUCUGGAAGUUCUGAAUUAAUACAUUUGAAUAGGUAAAGGCUGUAUGUGAUUUAUUCAAUAUAAACUUUUUUUUUCCUCUAGAAUUUGUAAAAAAAACAACUAUUUUUUAACUGGGCAAAAAUAAAGUCUAUUACCCUGACAAAUUUA